GGAAUCCGGAGCAGGCAGGGCAGACGAGAUCUGACAGUGUGAGGAGAGAGAGACACUGUAUGCAUCAGUAACGAGUUCUUCUAUACUAGUAAUAAUAAUAAAUAAGAACACUUCCUCCUCCGCACACAGCAGUCCUCGUGUCUCCUGCUCAUUGUUCCCAUCAUGAAGACCAAAUUCUCCUGCGGGGAUGAGCUGCCGGAUUCUCUGGGCUUACUGAUCAGUUCAGCCGGAGGACUGGUGAGCGGGCAGAGGAUCGGGGAGCCGGGGGUGGUGGAGAGUCCGGAGAAGGAGGAAUGCAGAGCGCCCGAGGACGAGCCCGACCCCCGGACUAGGUGCAAGGCGUACCGAUGGUGUAAGCAGUUCCUGCCCGGGGCCUGGAGGUUCCUGGAGGAGGAGCGAUUCCACAUCACUGUCAUACGAGGUGGCCUAAGCAACAUGCUCUUUCAUUGCUCUUUACCGGAUGACGAAAAGUGCUUAGGCAAUGAGCCGAGGAGUGUACUGCUGCGGCUGUACGGCGCUAUUCUUCAGAUGUCAUGUAACAAGGGUGAAAAUCAAGAGAUGCAGAGAGAGAAUUUUUUUCAAGUAACCUCUCUGCAAGCUAUAAGAAGGGGUGCUGCAGCCAUGGUAAUGGAGAGUGUCAUGUUCGCAAUCUUGGCAGAGAGAUCCCUUGGUCCUAAGCUGUAUGGGAUCUUGCCACAAGGACGUCUUGAAGAAUUCAUUCCAAGUCGAAAGCUUGAGACCGAUGAGUUAGGUUUGCCAGAGAUAUCUGCUGAAAUAGCUGAGAAAAUGGCUCGAUUUCAUGGAAUGAGCAUGCCGUUCAACAAGGAACCCAAGUGGCUCUUUGGGACAAUGGACAAGUACUUAAAGCAAGUGUUGAAAAUCAAAUUCACUAGAGAAACUCAUAUCAGAAAACUCAAUAAGUUUUUAAGCUACAAUCUUCCCAAAGAAAUGGACACCCUGAGGUCUUUGCUGGAAUCAACCCCAUCACCGGUUGUAUUCUGUCACAAUGACUGCCAGGAAGGUAACGUCCUAUUACUGGAAGGAAGAGAGAAUUCUGAAAAACAGAAGCUAAUGCUUAUAGACUUUGAAUACAGCAGCUACAAUUACAGGGGUUUUGAUAUCGGUAAUCACUUCUGUGAAUGGAUGUAUGAUUACACUUAUGAAAAGUUUCCGUUCUUCAAAGCCAAUUUCUCGAAUUAUCCCUCAAAGAAACAACAGCUUCACUUCAUUUCCAGCUACAUGGCAGAGUUUCAGCCAGGGUUAGAGAACCUGAGCAAUGAAGAAAAAAGUCAAAUUGAGAAUGAAAUGUUAAUUGAAGUUAACAGGUUUGCCCUUGCAUCACAUUUAUUUUGGGGCCUCUGGUCUAUUAUACAAGCAAAAAUCUCUUCAAUUGAAUUUGGUUAUAUGGACUAUGCUACGGCAAGAUUUGAUGCCUACUUCCUGCAGAAGAAGAAGCUUGGUCUUUAAUUCCAUUCUGCAUGGACACCUGUCUGGAUGUUCUCCCAUCUCUAUUGUUACUGCUGUUAAUAUCUUAGCUAUGAGGGGACUUUAUCGGUGUCUGAACUAUGCAUUGUGUUUAGCAACCAGUUGGGACUCUCCCUUUCAUUCUUCCUAUGCAGUUCAGAAAAUUAAAAAGGUUCUGGUUGCUCUGCUCAGCAAAGUUCUUCUUUCAAACACUUUUUCUAAUGUUCUUUAGGACAUUUCUUGUAAGAUUGAAUGUAAUAUAACUGUGAAUGUUUACAGAGUUUAGUUUCUGCAAUGAUGGAGUAAAGUAAUUUUCUUUUGUGUCAAAACUGUACAGAUACCUCCAUUCCGUGGAGAUCACCAUUUUGCUAUUGGAGCAGAUAUGAGAAUGCAACCUAUUUAUAUUGAAAACUGCAAUAUUUGGUGAAUACUUAACCAAACGCUACAUUAAAAAAACAAAACAUUUUAAUUUAUGGGGAGAGCAGCUGUGCUCUUAUCCAAUCAGAGAGAUUUAUGUUGUCCAAUUUAUUAUUACUUAGGGUAAGGGAAAAGUUCUCUAACCAUUAAUAUUUAAUUGUUCUGAUACCUCUCUAGUGAUUGAUAACGUUGUAUGGCUUUUAUGCUGCAUUUUGCAAAUGCUUCAUGCACACAAAGUUAUGUUUAAUUAGGAACGAUACAUUUAGAAAGUGUGUUUAUCUUAUUGGAGGUGAUCACUUCUCCGUAGAGUGCCACACUGUGCCGGUAUAGUGCUUUUUUUAUUGUUUUCUUUUUUGUACACUGGAGUACUUCUAUCGGAGAAACUCCUGUUUUGUUGGAAAAAAAUCCUCCAGGUCAACAAUUUACAUAGGAAAGACUUUAGCAUGCAUUGUGCAAUCUUUAUUGAGUUAUGGCCAAACUAUUGCAAUCAUUGAUAACAGAGUGUGGGAAAUUCUGCCAAAUAUGAUCACAUGCAAAUUGCUAGUGUUAACUCAUUUUUGAUAUGAGCUUAUCAAAUAGAUGGGCUAUGUGUUCUCAUAAUUGUAAACCAGUUCAAAAUAAUUUGCAGCCCUGAUCUAAAACCAAGUUGGUAAUGUGAAGUGGUUUAUUAUUGUAAUUGUAAAUAUUGUAUAAUGUUUUUUAAAGGCGUAAUAUGAAUUUAAGUAUGGUUUACUGAUUUGGGCUUUUACACUUAGAGAGUUUUUACUCAAAUUCCAGUAAGCGGAAUAACUAGUUAACACAUACAGUUUCUUUUUUAUUACAAUAGACCGAUGUUGAGCAAGGCUUCAAAUGUAUUUCACUUCAAAUGCAAUUUCAAUAAGGUAAUGCCCAAACUGACAUACAUGUUUGCAGUGUUAGGGGAGAAAUUUAUAGUUGAGUUUUUAUAUUUAACCAAAGGCACUUAGGCUGAACACUACGGCACAAAGGAAAGGUGCCAUUGCCUAGCAGCAACCAGCCACAUUUUCAUACAUUUCAUUGCAAGAAAAAAGUGCAAUAUCCAUGCAAAUGCAACACGGUUGCAGUAAUUUUUUUAUGUAUAAUACGCAAUUGACAUUCUGUGAAGUAGAGACAAUGUUAUUCUUGUAUAUAUUGCACUGGCCUGGAUUUACAUUUUGUUUAUAGCUUUGCUACCCUUUCUGAUCUGAUUCAGCUAUUUGUUACCCACUUCAAUAUUUCAGUUCUUGUAUUCCCAGCCAUGAAAGUUGAACACCAGGACUUGCUUAGCCUAUUGCUCAAUUUAACAGCCAGUUAAGUAAAACUGUAAGCAUGUGAAAAGGAAUUCAACCCUGACACUGCUGAGUUAUUGGGGUCAUGGUCUUGUGUCAGGACAUGUAUGGCAUUACAUCCUAAGGCUACAUAAAAGAUUACAUUUUAGUACACUAGUCUAGUUUGUAUUGAUCCUAGAGUUGGCUUAAAUGAAGCUUUUUUUUUAGGAUGGUAGUUCCUAGCCCAUGGCCAAUAUUUUAUUUGGAUUUAUUUCUUUAGCAGCAUAAACUUUAUGCAAUAUGAUACCUUUAGCCAUUAUCCAUCCAUUUUGCUUUCUAAAAACGCUAAGUUGCGAGAUGCUCGCAGAAUAUAUGUAUCUUUGAGUAUGUAUUCAACCCACAGUGCAAGCUGUAUGUGUACAAGGAAAAUAGGACAUCUGGGAGAUGUGUACUUGAUUUAUUAAAAGCAAUAUAUAUUGCUGUAUCAAAUUUGUCUAACAAAUGCUGGCAGAUCAAGUACAUUAAGAGAUCCAGUAUCUGCCAGUCAUUUAAUUGCUAAACGCUCUUGACUAUUGGAGGCUUCUUGCUGCAUUUUAGAUGAUUUUUCUGACAGAUUAUUGCUUUUAUGUGUCAGUACCUGGGCAGAAAAGACUAGUAGAACUCUUACAAAAGCUUGAUGGCCUUUUUUUUUUACUGCCCCCACAACUGCAGGUGUAAACCAGCCCUUGGUGUGACUGACAUCUUCUCUACAGAUGCCAUGUUUGCAUUACUCUGUUGCAAAUGAUGCCAUUGUCAACAAGAGGCUAAUCUUGUAUUGUAAUUAAAAAUGUCAAUUGUUGGUAAAGCGUAACUUCACUCUCUCAAGCAACAUUGACUAUUUUUAAUCUUUAUGCUGCUGGCAUUAGUAAAUGAAUAGGAAAGUAUAUCAUAAUUGCUUGUUAAAUUUUUUUUUUUUUUACAUUUCUUCAGUUACUUCCUGGUUUUCAUGCCUAGGCAAAUUAUGUCAUGCAUCCCAGGAGUCUUCAGGAUGAGAGGAGGGGCUUUCUCAGCCAAGCACAGCCUCUCCUCCUUGCAUGCCUGGGCUAAUGGUAGAUGGAUUCCAGGAAGUAAAGGCUACAUGAAUAAUCUGCCCUUACUCAAGAUGGCCACAGCCAGAAAUGCUAGGGGGUGUUUUUCAAAGUGACUUCUCAGCAAAAGAACGGAGACAUGGAUGGGCGAGUUUGCUUUGAAUAUUAAAAAUGAAUUAAAUAGCAUUUUUGGUUUGUGGUGCUCAGAUGACGUGUUGGUCCUCUUUAAGCAGCUGUGAUCUUUAUUUAUUUAGCACUGUAUUACAUUUUACACGCGUUAUAAUUUUUCUCGUAAGCAACAUUUAAAAUACAUUUUCUUUUGAUAACAUUUUCACUGUGCAUCUGUAGUAACCAUUUGUAGUAUAUGCUAUCAUAAAUGCUUUUGAGGCAAACCUAAAUAUUUCUCCUGUUAUUUCAUAAGCACUAGAAGGAAAAACCAGUGUUAAACGGUUUACUUCACUGCCUAAUGGGAGAUGGAGAUUACUUAAGAAAAGAUGUUAUACUGUGAUUUGCAAUAAGAUCACUGCCAUGGUUUGUGCUAUGCUGGACCUGACACAAGUUAGGUUGGUAUGCAGUAUAUCAGUAUUACAUGGCCCGGGCAAAGUAUCCUUCUUUUCUUGUAUGUGUAUAUAAAAUAAUGGAAACAAUAUUUGUAAGCUCAUUAUUCUUUGCUUGAUAAUCAUUUUAUAAUGAAUCUUGUAGUGGGUUUUUAUGAUCUAAUUACACUAAUACUGUGUAUUAAUAUUAACUAAGUGAACUAAAUGGAAAAUGUGUGUAAUAUC